CUUCGUCCUAGCCAUGGUGAAGCAAAGGUAUUCAGACCAAGAGACCGGGAUGAUAUUGUUAAAACUGUGAUUGAACCAAUGGCAUCCGAAGGACUAAGAACUAUAUGUCUUGCAUUCAGAGAUUUCCCAGCAGGAGAACCCGAACCAGAGUGGGAUAAUGAGAACGAUAUUGUCACAGGCCUAACAUGCAUUGCUGUUGUAGGGAUAGAAGAUCCUGUGAGACCUGAGGUACCAGAUGCAAUAAGAAAAUGCCAGCGGGCUGGAAUUACUGUGCGGAUGGUCACUGGUGAUAAUAUUAAUACUGCUCGUGCUAUUGCUUCUAAAUGUGGUAUUUUGCAUCCUGGGGAAGAUUUCCUGUGCCUGGAAGGUAAAGAUUUCAACAGAAGAAUAAGGAAUGAAAAAGGAGAGAUUGAACAAGAACGCAUAGACAAGAUUUGGCCAAAGCUUCGAGUACUUGCUAGAUCAUCUCCCACUGACAAGCACACACUGGUUAAAGGUAUAAUUGACAGCACUGUCUCAGAACAGCGACAAGUUGUAGCUGUGACUGGUGAUGGUACUAAUGAUGGCCCUGCACUAAAGAAAGCAGAUGUUGGAUUUGCUAUGGGAAUUGCCGGAACCGAUGUAGCGAAAGAAGCAUCAGAUAUCAUUCUCACCGAUGACAACUUCACGAGCAUUGUCAAAGCAGUCAUGUGGGGACGAAACGUAUAUGACAGCAUCUCCAAGUUCCUUCAGUUCCAGCUCACAGUCAAUGUUGUGGCAGUGAUUGUUGCCUUCACGGGAGCCUGUAUCACUCAGGACUCGCCACUUAAGGCUGUGCAAAUGCUGUGGGUAAAUCUCAUCAUGGACACACUGGCAUCCCUUGCUCUGGCAACUGAGCCACCUACUGAAUCUCUCUUGCUUCGGAAACCUUAUGGUAGAAAUAAGCCUCUCAUCUCUCGCACAAUGAUGAAGAAUAUCUUGGGUCACGCAUUCUAUCAACUUGUGGUAGUCUUUACACUCUUGUUUGCUGGGGAAAAAUUUUUCGAUAUUGACAGUGGAAGAAAUGCCCCUUUGCAUGCUCCACCUUCAGAACAUUAUACUAUCGUGUUUAACACCUUUGUGCUCAUGCAACUUUUCAAUGAGAUAAAUGCCAGAAAAAUUCAUGGUGAAAGAAAUGUGUUUGAAGGGAUCUUCAAUAAUGCCAUCUUCUGUACAAUUGUUCUGGGCACUUUUGUGAUACAGAUAAUAAUUGUGCAGUUUGGUGGAAAACCUUUCAGCUGUUCAGAACUUUCAAUAGAACAGUGGCUGUGGUCAAUAUUCCUAGGAAUGGGAACAUUACUCUGGGGCCAGCUCAUUUCAACAAUUCCAACUAGCCGUUUAAAAUUCCUUAAAGAAGCUGGUCAUGGAACACAGAAAGAAGAAAUACCUGAGGAAGAAUUAGCUGAAGAUGUUGAAGAGAUUGAUCAUGCUGAGCGAGAGUUACGUCAGGGACAGAUCUUGUGGUUUAGGGGUCUGAACCGAAUACAAACUCAGAUUCGAGUGGUGAAUGCAUUUCGUAGUUCUUUGUAUGAAGGGCUAGAAAAACCGGAGUCACGAAGUUCAAUUCACAACUUUAUGACGCAUCCUGAGUUUAGGAUAGAGGACUCUGAGCCUCACAUUCCCCUUAUUGAUGACACUGAUGCUGAAGAUGAUGCCCCCACAAAGCGUAACUCGAGUCCUCCACCCUCUCCCAACAAAAAUAAUAAUGCCGUGGACAGCGGAAUUCAUCUUAUAAUAGAAAUGAACAAGUCUGCUACCUCUUCAUCCCCAGGAAGCCCACUACAUAGCUUGGAAACAUCACUCUGAUCGUAAGCUGAAUGUUAACACACUAGCUGCAUUGUAAAGAAACCAAUUGAAACUGGGUCUUUUCACACAUUGUGAUGGACAAGAUAGUAUUCUUGUCUUGGACUUCAACAGAAGACAUACUUGUACGAAUGUAGAUUUAUUUUUUUAAAACAAAAAAAGCUUUCCGCCAGACUUUGAGGGUGCUUUUUGGGGGGUGGGGAGUAAUGAACUCUGACUGAUAAACAGUAACUCGGCAUAAGUGACCUGUGGAUCAUCGAUGAUACUUAAGAAUGGUCCUGAACGGUGUGUUUAGCAAAGCUUUAGUUUCUCUUGAUCCUUGAAGGGGGUGAGGGAGGAGGAAAGCUGAGAAAGACAAUGGAGCCCUGGAUCAUUGAAUUGAUACUUUAAUUUCUGCUGUUGGCUGUUAAUAAUUUGGAUUAUUUAUGUUUAUAAAUGAUACAGAUCUGUUUACAAGGUUUGUAGAUACUUUUAUUGUUCCUGUUCAUAGAUGGGAAGCUUCCUUAUAACUGAUGCAGAGAAAAAUUAGUCCUUCAAAUACUGCUGUAUUUUCAGGAAAAAGGGUGUUUCUAUUGAAACUGUACUAAAUUUUUGCCUACAAUUUACCUUGUUAAAUAUUGUAGAUAAAUUGCUAAUACUGAUAGCCAAAUAGAUAACACUAAUGCUUUGUGAAAACAUGAGCAGCGGUGUCCUAAUGAAGUUAUGGCCUCUGUCCUAAUUAGUUUCUUAAAUACAUUUACUACUUAAUGGUUUUGAAAACAACUGUUUAAUUUUUAAAAAUUUUGAAAAACUUGCUAAAUAACUUUUUGUUCAGAAUUUAGUAGAUUGUUUAAUGCGGGACAUCAAUUACGUAAUGAAAGUUGCUUGAAAUGCUUUUGUUAUUUCAGGCAAGUUGAAUUAAAUCAAAAUACAACAAAACCUUAGUCCUUUUUGUUUUUGUCUAAACCUGUUAGUUUAGUGAUGUCUUGGUGAAUUGUGAGUGAACUGUGUUGAUUUUUCUAAUAAAUCUUAAGAAACCUUCAUACGGCAUGAGGGCUGUUGGCAUUUUGAAAAAAAAGGUUAGUAGUAACAUACAUGUUUUCCUUUUGUUUUUGAAACCUGUUUGUAAACAUAAAUAAACACGCCCUUUUAUUAAA